AUGAGUGCCAAAGAAGAAUCACCAAAGGUAGAACAAGUGCCAGCCACUACUGCCACUACUGAAGAAAAUGCUGACAGUCAACCACAACAACAGGAAAAAGAAAAGUCAGUAGGAGACAACGAAACCGUGGCUGCCCAACCGGAACCAACCAAAUUAUCAAGGGAAGAACAACUAGAACAACAAAAGGAAAUUGAUUCCCGUAGUAUUUAUGCCGGUAACGUUGAUUAUAGUGCCACUCCAGAGGAAUUGGAGAAAUUCUUCAAUACUGCAGGGGUUAUCAAUCGUAUCACCAUCUUAUAUGACAAGUUCACCGGGUUCGCCAAAGGGUUUGCCUACGUGGAAUUCGCUAAAAUUGAAUCGGUGAGUGAGGCAUUGAAGUUGAACGAGGCCGAAUUCAAAGGCAGAAAGUUGAAUGUCACCCAAAAGAGAACCAAUGUCCCAGGUUACACCAGAAGAGGUGGUUUCAGAGGAGGGUAUAGAGGUAGAAGCAAUUACAUGGGUGGCAGAGGUAAUUACAGAGGAAGAGGUAAUUACAGAGGAAGAGGUAAUUACAGAGGCAGAGGUAAUUACAGAGGCCCAAGAUCCACCAGAAACGAAAACGGUGAUGAAGGAGAAAAGGCUUCUCCUGAUGCCCCAGCCGCCGCUCCUGCUUCUGCUCCUGCUCCAGAAUCCCAAGCCUAA